UGAGCGUAGAAGAAGAACGCGACAGGAAAAACAAGAGUACUCCGAUAGAAGAGGGAGAAGCAAAGGCAGAAAAUCAAACGCUGUAAACAUUUCACGGAGAGACAUGAUUGGUGACGGCGUUGAUAUUUCCGCGUGUCGACACACAUCACACGUCAUGUAAUGCCGUCAAUCAAACAUCGCGUCACUAAGACGACGCUUUGAACUUUGCUCAGUUGGAGCAAUGUCACGGCUUUACGCCGUCAUUGGGUCUGUGUGUGAUGUGUCCAGAAGGGCCGUGUGGAGGGGCAGUCCCAGUAUCCCCCCGCUUCUCGCCCUGCUCCCUGCGGGCCUGACACGUGUCUUCGCAGCCGGUAAGAAGGACCUGAUCGACUUUCCGGUCCUGAAUGAGGACGAGCUCGAAGAGCAGUUUGUGAGAGGAUCCGGACCUGGGGGACAGGCCACGAACAAGACCAGCAACUGUGUGGUGCUCAAGCACAUCCCCACUGGGAUUGUAGUGAAGUGCCAUCAGACCAGAUCUGUGGAUAUAAAUCGAAAGCGUGCCCGGGGAAUUAUGAGAGAGAAACUCGAUGUUGCUUAUAAAGGAGAACUCAGUGAAGUCCUCGUGAAGAAGAAAGAGUCGGUGCUGAGGAAACAGGAGAAGAAGAAGAAGGCACAUGAGAAUCUGGAGAGAAAAAGACUGUUUAAAGAAGCGCUGGUUGCAGACUCCAAACAUGGGAAUGACUCCGUUUGAAAUGUUUAUGUGUUGAAUAUAGAAAGACAUGAGUACUUGAAUGUUCAUGCACAUUAUUUUGUGCCUGAAAAGGCUGAGACUGACUAACCAAACAAGAAAAGGUCAACGGUAUCAAAUCACAACUUUUAUUUCUGUAGUGUCUUUUGUGCAAAGUUUUACUCAAUAGUACUUACAAGAUGCAAAAAGAUUUCAAAAAUAAAUAAAUAAUGAAAAUGCUGGUGA